ACCGUCUGGCUGGAUAGCAGCACCCAGGCCGACCUUUACACCAACAUCCCCGGAGCAGCGGCCUUCCUCACCAACGGGCCCCACGACCACCACGACAACAAGGACUCCUCGAAGGAACCGCCGGACCCCCUCCUCGACGCGAUUAUGAAUUACGUCGUCGCCAAGGAGCCCCUCCGGUUCGGCAUCUUCGAGACCUAUGCCACCUACCGCACCCCCGUGACGGAGCUCACCUCAUGGAACGAGAUGGCCGAGAUGCUCAACCGCUCUUUUGGGACGUCGAGCUCUCGCCCCUUCUACGUGGACCCGGGGAGCGAGGUGGGACAGAAGAUUGCGGACCUCUUUCGCCUUCGGCUGGAGCGGAUCCAAUGUGUGCAGACGCCGACACAGCGAAGGAUGCCCAGCGACAUCCCCUUUACUGCCAGGGCCGCCUUCCUUGUCUACUCGGACGGCGCCAGAGCAGUGGAAGAAGAGCCCGAGAAGCAGCCAGACCACAGCCCGGACAUUCCCAUUGCCGGGCUCCCCACGGAUGUCACGUUUCCGGGCGCCGGAGGCAGAUCUGUGAUAGUGCUGGGGAUAGUUGAUGCAGCAACAAGGCUGCACCAAGCAGCCAUCCUCCCCAACAGAGACCCGGAGACUGCCUAUGAGGCCCUGGAGCGAGUUUGGUUGCGCCCUUUUGGCAUGAUGACACAGCUUGCCGUGGAUCCCGACGGCACCUUCCAGGGCGCCUUCGAGGAACGACUUCGCUCCCACGGCGUGUUGGUGAACCAUUGCGCGGCCGACGCCCACUGGCAAAUCGGGCAGGUCGAGAGGCAGAACGCCUUCCUCCGCACCGUGAUCGAGAAGCUGGUCGACACCUUUGCCGCCACGGACGUGAACGAGAUGCAGCUUCUCCUGGCCCCGGCCUUGCACGCGGUGAACUCAAUGGUCCUAAGCCGCGGCCGGAGUGCAUACCAGGCCGUGUUCGGCCGAGUCCCUCGACUUCCCGGGGGCCUCUUCACCGACAGCCACGCCCUAGCAACCACGCCGACCACAGAUGCCGCCGCCACCGCCGAGAUCGUCAGAGCCGAGGCGGUGAAAGCCAUCAGCGACCUCAACGUUAAGCAGAGCCUGAG